GUGAUCCUCUUCAUCGAUGAGAUCCACAUGGCCCUCGGUGCUGGGGAGACGGAGAAAGGCAGCUCGAUGGAUGCGGCCAACCUUCUGAAGCCGGCCCUGGCGCGUGGCGAGCUCCGCUGCAUCGGCGCAACGACGACGGCGGAGUACAAGCGCUUGAUCCAGAACCAGGACAAGGCCUUCGAGCGGAGGUUCGUCAUCGUGGAGCUGUUUGAGCCUUCUGAGGAGGCGGCCGAGGAGAUGUUGCAAGCGAUGCGCCCCGUCUUCGA